AUGCAGUACGUCCGGAACCUCAGCGAUUCGGUUUCAACGGCAUGGAAUUCCAUCAAUCCGGCAACUCUGAGCGGUGCCAUUGAUGUCAUCGUUGUACAACACGACGACGGAUCCUUGGCCUGCUCUCCCUUUCACGUCCGUUUCGGCAAGUUCUCGCUUCUGCGGCCGUCUGAGAAGAAGGUCGAGUUCAAAGUCAAUGGCAUCAAGCAAGACUACUCCAUGAAAUUGGGGGAAGGCGGCGAAGCCUUCUUUGUCUUUGAAACCACCGAAAAUGUCCCCGAAUCGCUGCAAACCUCACCCCUCGUCUCUCCAGCCAGCAGUCCAGGCCUCGGACCAGAGCAGAGCCUUCCUGGGCUCAACGACCCAGACAUUCUCGACCUCGAUCAGGGCCCUGGCAGUGCGUCACGGCCUGCGCCAGUGGUACUUCACUCCCACACAAAUGAAAAUGGCAUGAUAACGCCGCUCUCGUCUUCUCCAGAUAUGACGAAAGUACGACCCGCAUCUGGCGACUGGUCAGCAGCCAUGAUUCGACCUCACAGUGAAGAUCUUCUUCGAAAUUCUGCAAGGAUUGUCGUUCGCGAUGAAGACGCCGAUUCCAGAGACCCAGAUGAAUCGGAAAGAUCACAAACACCCCCGCCUCUGGGAAUGGAGCGAGCCAAAACCUUGGCAAAAGAGCUUUCAGCUGUCAACAUUCCUAGUCGUGUCACCGCCACUGGCGACCUCAUGCUCGACAUGACUGGCUUCAAGAGCAGCGAAGAAGACAUGCUGCAAGCUGAAAUUCUUGCCCGGAAGAUUCUCUCCGAGGAACUGGAGGGCAACUACGACAUUGGCUCUCUCUUUGGUUUCGACGAAGAGGGAAAUCUGUGGAUUUAUAGCAGUGAAGAGGCCAAGCAGGCUGCCAUGAACAAGACCAUCGAGUCCUCAUUGAAGGCUCAUCGACACAACACGGCUGCGGACGCUAUAUCGGAUCCCGGUUAUCAGAGUGAUGGCAGUGACGUUACAAAUAGCCCUCAUGUGCCCUCGCAUAGACGAUCCGAAUCGGAUGCUGGCCCUUCGGGACUGCAGACUCCUCCCCGCACUCCUCUCGGCUCUGGAUAUGCUGGAGACCCAAAUAUCAAUUACGCAAAAACUCUGCGACUGACUAGCGAUCAGCUCAAGGCUUUGGACUUGAAGCCUGGGGAAAACUCCAUGAGCUUCACCGUCAAUCGAGCAACCUGCUCUGCCAACAUGUUCUUGUGGAAGCACGAAACCCCCGUCGUCAUCUCCGACAUUGACGGCACAAUCACCAAGUCUGACGCCCUCGGCCACGUGCUCAACAUGAUUGGGCGAGACUGGACGCACACGGGCAUCGCCAAGCUUUACAGUGAUAUUUCCCAAAACGGAUACAACAUCAUGUAUCUCACUAGCCGGUCUGUCGGCCAGGCGGACACGACAAGAGCCUAUGUCAACGGCAUCGUCCAGGGAGGAUGCAGGAUGCCUCAUGGCCCCACCAUUCUUUCGCCCGACCGCACAAUGGCUGCCUUGCGCCGAGAGGUGUACUUGCGUCAGCCUCACGUGUUCAAGAUGGCCACCCUGCGGGACAUCAGCAGCCUCUACGGCCCAGACCACAGCCCAUUCUACGCGGGUUUCGGAAACCGGCUGACUGACCAGAUUUCCUACCGAACCGUGGACGUGCCGAGAACGAGAAUUUUCACAAUCAACUCCAACUCGGAGGUGUCGCUCGACCUCCUCAGCCUCAACAAGCUCAAGAUGAGCUACGUCAACAUUAACGAAGUUGUCGACCACUACUUCCCACCAGUCGCCACGUUGGUUAAGGCCGGAGGAGAAGACUACACCGACUUCAAAUACUGGCGAGACGAGCCGCUGGAUCUUGACGAGUUUUCGGCCAGCGACGGCGAAGAGCCCGACGCUCCCGCCGACAACGAGAGCGCAUACACCGACGACGACGACGACGACGAGGAAGUUGGCGACGGCCUCGUGGACAGCUACCUCUCCCGCGACUCGAUAGACGAAAGCGUGGACGACGACAAUGUCGAGGACGAAGACACGUACGAAGAGUACGAUGAAGAAAUCGAGGGCCAGCUGUCCGACGAUGAAAGCCAGCUUGUCCAUCGCUUGGCGAAAGCAAAGAUUUCGGGUAAAGCCGUUGAGGAGGACAUUUCCGCCGAGCUUAUCACAGGGAUAAGCAGUGACGGCGUCCCCCUCAAGGACAUAGAAGUAGUCAUCAAAGAACCAGUGGAGAUUCGACCACCGCCACCGCCAUCGUGA